AUGUAUACACACAUAUAUAUUUCUCUUAAUUAAAGCCUUUAUCAAUCGUAAGAAAAAAAAAUAAAUCACAAUAUAUGCAAAUACAAUAAUAAAAUGUUACAUAAUUUGUAACCAAUGUUGAUAAAAAGAAUAACCUAAAGAGGAAGGAAUAUUGAAGUAACUGUUCAAAUAGAACAUUAGCUUUAAUCGAUAGAAAUUGUAUAGAAUACAUUUAAGAAAUAAAUUAAUUUGUCAAAAUUAACGACUAUAACAAUGCUUACUUAAUAACCCUAAUGAGACCAAGCAGAGUACUCAGUAGUGUCCAAGUCUUGAUUUACAGAAAAAUGAUGUGGUUACUCUUUGUUAAUUUAAUAGUUAUUUGCUCUUCCAGUACUACAAUACCAAAAAUUACUAUUGUAAAUGCUACUAAGGCUCCUACUGCUAGUCUGUUUUUUUUUCAUGGUUCAGGAUCUUCAGGAAAUGAUGUAAAACAUUGGAUUGAUAUUUUGAACGGAGGGGAAUUAAAAUUUCCACACAUAAAGAUUAAUUAUCCUUCUGCACCUGCUCAACCUUAUACACCCAACAAUGGAAUGCUUAGUAAUGUGUGGUUUAAUCGCAAGAGCAUCAACAUCAAUGUUCCUGAAGAGAUGGAGUCUAUAAAUCCAAUGUGUCAAAAUGUAUUACAACUGAUUGAUACAGAGGUUUCUAAUGGAAUUCCAUAUAACAGAAUUGUUGUUGGUGGCUUUUCAAUGGGAGGUGCAUUAUCAUUUCAUCUGGCAAACAGGUUCCAACUGCCUUUAGCUGGAUGUUUUGCUAUGUCCAGCUUUCUCAAUAGACAUUCAUCAGUGUAUGAGGCUUUAAAAGUAAAUUCAGGAACAAAACCACCACUUCUACAAUUUCAUGGCACUGCUGACAAAUUAGUUCCAUUAAAUUGGGGAGAAGAAACUUAUUCUAAUCUAAAGGAACAUGGAAUUGAUGGCCAAUUUAUACCAUUGAAUAAUGUGGUUCAUGAAUUGACUGGUCCUGAAGUAGAAUCUUUCAAAAGAUGGGUGUUAGAGAUAUUACCUGAGACAUAAAUUUAUACUAAUUUUAUCUUGUAAAAAGCAAUGUGAAAUUAUACUUGUACACAUUUA